AGCAGCCGGAGGUUGGGCCUAAACCCGAAGGAACCGGACACGGAGCAGAAUGACCGACACAGAAAAGACGGAGACGGCACAGACCCCCGAUCCACCGAGCUCUGAGCCACGGACCCCCAAGCCACCGAGCUCCAAGCCACAGACCACCAAGCCACCGAGCCCCUGCCUGCGGCACAACUGGGUGGAAGAGAGGGCCGUGGCGUCCCUGGAGGGGGCGUGUCCAGAGAGUGACGCUGUGGGAGGGGCAUAUGUCUAUAAACAUGGUCACAGCGGGAUCCUGAGCACCCAAAUGGAGGCACAGAUUGCAGAUUCCACGACCAACCUGGACUCCUACAAGAUGCCCAACACCAGCCGCGUGCGGGAGAUUGGUCAACGAGAAGAAAUGCUCAAGAAAUUCCUCUAUCAGAAGUUCAGUGAGGAGAUUAUGCAGCCGCCGACCUCCCCCUCUGAAGAUCGAGUCACGGAGUCGACUACAAAGAGAGAUUAUCGGGUGGAAGGAUUUGUACCAAAACUGUCGGCCCCCAGCAAGAGUCACGACUAUCGCACGGAACAGCCGGCUACCUUCUGGUCUGAACACUUCCACCAAAUCCCCGGGGUGUCGGCCGUCAGGACCCGAGAUACUCCGUUCAAGAAAAAUUCGGCGUUCACCGCACCAAUAUCCGAAUACCUCGACCAGUCUUUACCCUGCGGCCUGGAGAAUUACCCCAAUCUGUAACGACCCCUGCACAGAACUACCCCACACCCUCCUAUCUCAUCAAAUGGAACUCACCUGGUGCAAGUGAAUGCCCCGACUAUAGAAAUGCCCCCAUAGACAAGUACCCCGCAGCCUCCCCAAAGAU